CGGCACACGCAGCAAGCAAUUAUAGAACAGCACAAACGAUCUUCCUACUGCCCUACUUCUCAUCGCUGUACAGUGUCAUGAAGCAUUCAAAUCCAACUUGCUUGGAUCCUUAUGUGUCUGUUUCUAUUUUCUAGAACCUAAAAUCUCCCAGAUUUGCAACCUCCUUGGUCUUUAUUUCCUUCCCUCCCUGGUCAAGAAAAAUGAUCGAAAAUACUCUUCAGGUUGCUCACACAACUUAUGCAGUUCUCGUCCUGGUAUUUGUGUUAGUCUGUAUCAGAUUCUUAUUAAGAAGACUCAAAAAUGAGAGGAUCUACCCUGAUGACUGGCUCAUGAUAGCCGCUCUUUUCUUCGUAGGAGGAUUUACGUCUACAUUCCCAGUUCUUGUACGUUUCUUCUCAAUCAUUUUAAACCUCGCACAUUACUUAUUUCCCAACACAGCUUUACACCGGAAAAGGAACGCAUGGCUAUUCAGAUAGCGAAACAAUUGCGCAGAGUAAUAAUCGACUUUCCCUUAUGACUGCAGUACAAUCUAACAUCACGACAGUGGAGUUUGACUCGAAGUACAUCAUGUUUGGCCGUAUAAGUUACCUAACAUAUAUUUGGCUCUUGAAAGCUUGUAUCGUAAGUGUUGGGCGCCCGCAAUUUCCUGGUGUAUACCCCCUCAUUAACUUUGCAGCUAAUCUACUAUUACCGUUUAACAAAGAGGCAGCCGGAACAGAGAUAUGUGAAAUUUACUUGCUGGGGUAUUGUUUUGACCUGGUCGACCGUUAUGCUGCUGUGGAUGCUUCAAUGCCGCCCAUUUAAUUUGAACUGGAAGGUCACAGUUCCUCCUCAGAAAUGCGCAGUGAGUUCUCAGAAACACAAGAUCGCAAAAUGAUAGUUUUGCUGACUAUCUUCGUUUUAGAGAGGGGUAAGUACUGGGUGUUUUCUUCUUCAGAAGAUCAUGCUGAUGUUUAAAAGAAAACUGGAUUACUUUUUAUGUCAAUUGUUAGUACAAUUCUCUUUCCCAAGUUUUAGACUGACAUUUAUCAAGGCAAUUAUUGUGACGAAUGUCGUAUUAAUCAGCAUCCCCUUGCCAAUGAUUUGGCGAACGCAGAUGGCAACAGUGUACGCACUUUCAACGUCCACUCUUUUCGCCCUCCAUUCUUUAGAUAUACUAACCUCUUUUUUAGUACAAAAUUCAAGGUAUCUGGGGUCUUCCUCGUCGGUAUAUUUGUAUGUAAUAGCUUUCGCACCGUCUAUCUAAUUCUAACGACCUAUAGCUUGUUGUGAUAUCUAUUCUGCGAACCAUCUUGCAGGAAAGUGGAACUCAAGCCAUGGAUGAUAGGUACUUUUGGGGCGCUAUGGAAGGUCUCCUCAUGGUAAUACACCGAUACCUAAGGUCAGAAGACGAGAGAUCCUAACACAUUCAUUUCAGGCGUUGUUUGCUAACGCUCCCGUACUCAAUGCACUCUAUCGUCGCAUCAAGCAUGGCGCUGGAUCAAAUCACCUCGCAUCUAGAUCCGAUAUCAGAUCAGCCAGGAAUUCAGAUGGUAUCGAAUUGUGUUCGGCUGAUGAUUCGAGGGAGAUUGAUUUCAUGGAAGCACUCCGGGUAGGACCUGAGCAUGAGCCAGAGUCUAUGAAACAGUCAGGCCGCGCAUCCGCUGUAUGUAUAUGGUGCCAAGCGCUUUUCAACUAGUUCUGCCUUUAUCCCAAACAUGAACAAGGCUAACACAUCUUGAAUCGUAAUAGUCACCAACACCACCAAUACCUGCCAGACUUGCACCUUCACCUUCACACCUUAACAAACACAAAUUAGUUCCCAAUACCAACAUGCUCCUCUCUGUUUCUCGAUCGAGAGGAGCAUAUCAUGAUUCACUCCAGUGCAUCCAAACCGUGGAAAUUGUGCAGACAUCCGAACCUGCCGAUCCCAAAAACCCCAUGGCGACAAAUUCAUUGGGAUGUGUGGGACGAGUCAACACUCAAAUCACUCAUCAUGAUUUCUCGCCUUUACCAAGUAACCCCGAUCUUUACGAUAAACUUUACUCUUCUGGUCAUGGAUCUAUGACUUUGGGAGAUAUGCUAACUGAGCCUAAUGGGGAUGGUCAUAAGCAUUGAGAGCUGCGGGAGUGUGUAUUUAACGAGGAAGAACCUUUUUCUAGCGUGGCAGGAUCCAAGAUGCCUAGGGUGGGAUUGAUUUGAACACGGUUUUUAAGUUCAUCUGGGAGUCGAGCAGGGAGAUAGCUCCCAAUUACAACGAAUCCCUCGACCACGACCAACAGACAGAUAUGCAGGCAUGCAAUACAAGAUAUAAGAGGAAUUACUGUGGGGAUUCACGGUGUAGGAGGGAGUUGGACAUUCAUUUUGUUUUGGGGCCGUUGGAUUACGGGGGC